CAUAUUUUAACGAUGUAGCCUCGUUCCCAAGUAAAUCGGUGUAUUCUGCGAUGAUACGAGAUGUAUGGCGGUUUGACCAUUAGCAAUUUGGGAUUGGAGUUGCUGUCAAUUGCUGGAACCUUCAAGCCCGUGACACAAAAUAAUAUAUAGAGCUACAAAAUCAAGAUGACCACUACGAAAAACAUUUCCGACAAACCACCACCUCUUGCUGGGGACUUCACUCUUCCCAAAACUAGAGACCUGCCAAGAAAUCAGAAACCUUGGAAAGAUGUCAACCUACCUAUAGACAUUAUGCUGCUCACCGUUAAGGAAUGCGAGUUUCUAAGUUGCCAUAAGUUGUUAAAAAACUCCUUCAAAAGCUACAUCCAAGUACUUGGUUAUAUUUAUUUUGGGGGAAUAGGUAUAGAUGAACCGUUGAAAGUAGCGCUGAUUAAAUGCCAGGAAGGUGCUAACACACCUAGUGGGUCAACAAUUACCGUGAAAAAUGCCGUGACCAUACUCCAGCCUAAGGCAGUUUUCGCUGUGGGGUACUGCAGUGGGUUGCAGCGUUGUACUACGCGACUGGGAGACGUAGUCGUGUGUUCUAAGUUAACUCAGUAUGCUUCUCAAAACGUCCAGAAUAGUGAGUCAACAGGUCCUGCUCGUGUACCUGUAAGUCGAGACAUGUUACAACUUAUUAAGGAUGCAGCCGCUGGUUGGAAUCCACCUUUGCUCGACCCUACUUCACGAGAAAUUGAAGUUCAUUGCGAUGCAGAGUAUUUGAGUGGCCCAGAGCAUGUCUGUAGCAAGCAGCGAUGUGACGAACUGACUCGUCUUUAUCCCAAUGCCAAAGCAAUUGAAAUGGAGGCUGAAGGGGUUUAUGUUGCAGCGUAUGACUUGAAAAUGGAGUGGGUGGUCGUUAAGGGAAUAUCAGGAUAUGCAAAUGGUACUGAAGGCAAUAGAGAAGAAUGGAGGACCUUUGCAAGUGUGAUGGCAGCUUCAGUCGUGGAAAAUAUGUUAAGUGACUCCGUUGUUUUCCAAAGCUGGCCUCAUUAUAAAGGACCAAGUUACCUCGGUGCACCUGGACCUGCAGUUGUUUGGCAGGCAUCAGCAGGGAGCCCUGGAAUGGAGCGUUCAGAAUCUAACAAUACCAUGGACACAGGAGUCAAGGAUGGAAUGCCCAAGAAAGAAGAAUUACUAUUCAUUUCGAAAAAUAUCGGUGUGGACUGGAAGCUACUUGGACGAUGUUUAAAUAUUGAGGAACCAGAGCUGGUUGCGUUUCACAAAGAAAAUGAAGAAUACAUCGAAAAGGCAUAUCAAAUGUUGCUUCACUGGAAACAGAAAGAGGGCUCGGAUGCAACCUACCAAGUAUUACAUAACGCCUUGCGACAUCACUUCAUAAACCGUAAGGAUCUUGCCGACAAAAUUUGCUGUUGAAGAAGGAUUUAAACGACGUUUUGAUACUGCUCCGAAUAAGUUUGUGAAAUAAGGACAAAGGAUCAACAGUCGUCCAAAAAUGAUCCAUUAGCUUUGAUUACGAGUUUCUCUUUUACAGUAAUGCCACUUAAUCAGUUUUGAUUUGGUUUUUCCCAUUUAUUUUUAAACUGCUGAGCUUUAUGCCAAAUGGAUAAUGAGCUGGAAUCUCUUAAUUAGUUUUAACUUCCUCAAACGUUGCAUUUGUUUUUGUUGCAUUUUAAAUCGUUUUUAUUGUAUUUAUUAUUCCUAUUUUUACCCUGGUACAUAGUAAAUGAUCGACACUGUCCACAAACAUAUUUGCCUCAUGCGGAAACCUCAAAACUCCGAUAAGGUCAUCAACUCGUUUACAGUUUAGACAACUUCUUUCUGUACAGUGCAUACCUCUUUAACUCAUAACCUCCUUGUAAUGAUAUAUUCGAAGCAAUGAUAGUCAUCGGAUAUACAACUGCAAAAAUAUAUGCUGAAUGAAAGAGGCUUAAACUGAGUUUA